UUUAGAAACUAACUUCGCAUACGCAGCGCUAGUUUGCUCAGUUUCCAAUUUGAGUUGCAAUGCCCAGCCCGUCUUCGCCUCGUAGAAAGAACACGCGCGCUGCAUGGACCAAAGCACAGAUUGAAGCACUUGAAGUGGCCGUUACCAAGUACUCUGACAGCACUGGCCGCGGCAAGUGGAAGGCGAUUGCGGCCCAGGUACCCGGCCGGAACGACGCGCAGUGCCGACAGCGCUGGGAAGACUCCGCCAAACCUGGGCGUAAAGAAGGCCGAUGGAGCAACACCGAGGACGCAGCACUCGUGGAAGCCGUCGAAAAAACCAAACACGUCACAUGGCGCCGCUGGGCGAUAGUGGCCGAAGCCAUUCCGCUUCGCUCUGCCAAGCAGUGCGAAUACCGGUACAAGCACCACCUUGCGGCCAAGGUUGCACCUCUCUCGGCGCUAACUCGUCUCAACACCAUGGCAAACCAAGAUCAACGUACGACACCACAGCUCCCAAGGUAUACCUCACUCGAUAUCGAUAUUGUGAUGGAAGACAUGACAUUAGCGAUGACACAUCUUCCAUCAUAACACAAUGUACAGCACCUUUCGCCGCAAGCUAUCCGUGGACGACCCCUCUUGCCCGCCAUGCAGUACCCAAGCAGUGGGAUGCAAAUGAUGCCGUCCGUCGAGAGCAGCGACGCAAGAACCAAGCUGACGACUGAGAUCCGAACGUUGCAGUUGCUCUUGACAAAGUCGACGGUCGCCACGUGCGCGCACCAGGUGCUCGACCUUGCGAUUCAAUGUGUUGCGGCGCUUCCGGCCGAGAACAAUGCUGUUAUGAUGGGACUGCACGACCUGCGUGGCGCUCUUCUGCAUCAACCCACAGCGUGCAGUACAACAUCUUUGUUGCACAUGACUCCACAGCUCGACCCACGGAGUUACUGCAACGACCACAACAACUACGACCGUCAAGCGAGAAAUGCGAUGGCCAACAGCUCCACGGAUCCAGCACGACGACACAUGCUCUAAUGGCAGCAGCUGCAAACCACUUACGUGACCGCAGAGCGGUAUCGAAGACGACUCGAUCGAGUACAGACGAUAGAACUAGUCUAGACAUUUGCGCUUCCAUUUUAUCCAAUG